AUGGUACUAUUGAUUCAGAAGAUCAACAAGCUCUAUUCUAAGCUGGAGAAUCACUACCAUCAUCACAAGCAGCAGCAGCAGGCGUUACGGACCGCUCUCCAGUCUUUCCGAUCACAAGUCUCCAGCUCUUUCACCAAAUUGCUGCUAACCCCAAAACCAGGGCUCGAAAUCUCCCUUCAAUGGGUUCACAACUGUUUCGAGUUGUUACCCGUGGUCAACAAGGCCUUCGCCAAGCUGGUGAUGGAUCUGGACCAUCCCAUGAGCAAAUGGGCACAAGGAUCCGUCCGCGAAUACCUUAGCCAGAGCUUGAGCCUGCUGGACCUCCUCAAUUCCAUCAGCUCGUCACUGUCCUCAUUGGGUCAGUCCCGGCUCUCUUUCUCUCACGCUCUGGCUCUCAUCGACGGCUCGCCUUCUUCGGCCCUGGAUCGGCUCAAGACAACCCAGCUGUCGAGUUCGUGCAACAAGGUCACAUAUCGCGAGGAAAAUGGGGAUGUAGAUGGAAAAGUUGCAUCUUUGUGCGAGAGAGAGGCGAUAAUCCACGAAGCCCUGAUGGAGAUGAAGACCGUUGGCUUCUGGGUUACUUCCAUCCUUGUUGCUUGUUUGAGUGGAGAUGCUAAAGCUUACCUGGAAACCAGGAGGCCGAUUUCCGUGGCUGUUUUGGCAAGCGUUGACUCGGUCGUGUCGGGGAUCGUCAUGGAGAAAGGGAUCGUCGCGAAAGAGGUUAGGGAUCUCAAUGAGUCGGCUGUUAAAGUUGCAGCUGAGAUUUCAUCGAACAGGGGAGGAUGUGGUGUGGCAGCAGAGGAGAUGGAGAGGAAGCUUGAGGUGUUUGAGGAGCUGCUUGAUGGGUUGAGAAAGGAUGUGGAUCGGCUUUUCUCUGAAAUCUUGGUUGGAAGGAAUGAACUGCUUCGCCGUUUUCGUCAUGGGGAGCAGUAUUAG